UACAUUUACACGAUAUAGUACGGUAAGGCUAGCAUUUGUCGCUGAACUGUGAGACACUUGAAUUGCCGGGACCUUGAUGAGCGGACCUGUUUCCCUUCUCCAAUUGUGAAUCAACUUGACCAUGUCGCAAGGAUACCCGGUGACCGCCCAGCCGUACGUCCAUGGCCACACGACCGGCCACACCACCGUCGUCAUGACUAGCACGUCACAGGUGAAGCAGACCAGAGACUGGUCAUCUGGACUUUUCGGCUGCUUUGACGACAUAGGAACAUGUUUGUGUGGCACGUUCUGCAGCCUGUGCCUCGAGUGCCAGGUGGCCAUGAAGAUGGGUGAACACUGCUGUGUGCCUGUCUGUGUCCCAGGGGCCAUCAUCACCAUGAGAACAGGCAUGCGGGAGAGACACCAUAUUCAUGGCGGGAUGCUUAACGACUGUUGUAUGUCGUCCUUCUGUGGAGCAUGUGUGCUCUGUCAGCUGGCACGUGAGCUGAAACACACCGGGGAAUGGCAGCUCAACUAAAUGUGGACAACACGAGACGUCAUGCAGUCACCCCGGUUAUCCUUACCGAUGUGGAGGCCUUAGUUAAAGCCUGAACUUGCUCGUGCCGAUAUAACCGAUGCUUCAUAUUCAAUUUUAUAGUUGCAAAGUAGCAGCAGCAGCAGCAGCAGCUUAAGGCUGUAUUAUAAAGAGUAUAUUUCCACCUGUAGCAUACGUUCUAUUUUACCUGUUUCUGUGUAAUCCUCACAGCAGUUGUCAAGAAACUACCAUAAAACAAGCAUGGCCACUAUUGCCACCGUUCAACUCACUGAUAGUUCUUUGUACUCAGGGUAUGGUUUAUAAUGCACAAAUCGGCAUACCGAUGACGACCUUCCAGCUUUGUAGUGCCUUGGAAACUUUAAACCCAGAAAUGGCUCAAGCGACAUUGUCCUAACAACUUUCGCCUUUCGUGAGACAGUUUCCCCUUGCCCUUGGUCACUGUGACACUGUUGGGUCAUCUCUUAAGGAAUGGAAUCGGUGAUACUGUUGGGCCAUCUCUUAAGGAAUGGAAUCGGUGACACUGUUGGGCCAUCUCUUAAGGAAUGGAAUCGGUGACACUGUUGGGCCAUCUCUUAAGGAAUGGAAUCGGUGACACUGUUGGGCCAUCUCUUAAGGAAUGGAAUCGGUGACACUGUUGGGCCAUCUCUUAAGGAAUGGAAUCGGUGACACUGUUGGGCCAUCUCUUAAGGAAUGGAAUCGGUGACACUGUUGGGCCAUCUCUUAAGGAAUGGAAUCGGUGACACUGUUGGGCCAUCUCUUAAGGAAUGGAAUCGGUGACACUGUUGGGCCAUCUCUUAAGGAAUGGAAUCGGUGACACUGUUGGGCCAUCUCUUAAGGAAUGGAAUCGGUGAUACUGUUGGGCCAUCUCUUAAGGAAUGGAAUCGGUGACACUGUUGGGCCAUCUCUUAAGGAAUGGAAUCGGUGACACUGUUGGGCCAUCUCUUAAGGAAUGGAAUCGGUGAUACUGUUGGGCCAUCUCUUAAGGAAUGGAAUCGGUGACACUGUUGGGCCAUCUCUUAAGGAAUGGAAUCGGUGACACUGUUGGGCCAUCUCUUAAGGAAUGGAAUCGGUGACACUGUCGGGUCAUCUCUUAAGGAAUGGAAUCGGUGACACUUUUGGGCCAUCUCUUAAGGAAUGGAAUCGGUGACAUUGUUGGGCCAUCUCUUAAGGAAUGGAAUCGGUGACACUGUUGGGCCAUCUCUUAAGGAAUGGAAUCGGUGACACUGUUGGGCCAUCUCUUAAGGAAUGGAAUCGGUGACACUGUUGGGCCAUCUCUUAAGGAAUGGAAUCGGUGACACUGUUGGGCCAUCUCUUAAGGAAUGGAAUCGGUGAGACUGUUGAGCCAUCUCUUAAGGAAUGGAAUCGGUGAGACUGUUGAGCCAUCUCUUAAGGAAUGGAAUCGGUGACACUGUUGGGCCAUCUCUUAAGGAAUGGAAUCGGUGACACUGUUGGGCCAUCUCUUAAGGAAUGGAAUCGGUGACACUGUUGGGCCAUCUCUUAAGGAAUGGAAUCGGUGACACUGUUGGGCCAUCUCUUAAGGAAUGGAAUCGGUGACAUUGUUGGGCCAUCUCUUAAGGAAUGGAAUCGGUGACACUUUUGGGCCAUCUCUUAAGGAAUGGAAUCGGUGACACUGUUGGGCCAUCUCUUAAGGAAUGGAAUCGGUGACACUGUUGGGCCAUCUCUUAAGGAAUGGAAUCGGUGACACUGUUGGGCCAUCUCUUAAGGAAUGGAAUCGGUGACACUGUUGGGCCAUCUCUUAAGGAAUGGAAUCGGCAAAUGCUGUGCAUUUAUAAACGUCAUGCUGACAUACUUACCAUCACAACCACUCCUUUGUAAUUUCAAAUUAAUACUAUCACGUUUUUAAAUAUCAAUAUUUGCUCUCUCUACGUGUGUAUCUUCAUCGAAAACAUAAAACACCAGGAUGUACA